CCUCGUCUUCUUCGCUCCUUACAGUUACCAUUUCCCGCUGACUCUCACUCCCCACACUCUUCUCAACUCUCUCUCUCUCUCUCUCUCUCUCUCUACACUCUCCAUUUUCUCAUCUCUUACAAAAACGCCUUCAAUCCCUCCCCUCCUUUCCUCUUCACCAAUCUGUAAAUUACUAGAACAGGAAGAAGAAAACAGAGGAAACCCUCCUUCCCUCCGGGAACUCGCCCUCUCCCUCAGGUAAACCUCCUAUCUUCAAUUUUCUUUCUGGGUUCUGAUGCUCUGUUUGGUUCCCCUGGAAUUUGAUUGGAAGUUAUUGUUGGGGAAAAAGAUGGAUAGGUACCAGAGGGUGGAGAAGCCCAAGGCUGAGACCCCAAUAAACGAGAAUGAGAUUCGAAUCACUACUCAAGGCCGCAUGCGGAAUUACAUCAGUUAUGCCACCGCGCUUCUCCAGGAGAAAGGGUCGAGUGAGAUUGUGCUUAAAGCAAUGGGCAGAGCUAUCAAUAAGACUGUGAUGAUCGCGGAGAUAAUCAAGAGAAGGAUUGUUGGUCUGCAUCAGAAUACCGGAAUUGGAUCCACUGAUAUAACUGAUACGUGGGAGCCACUAGAAGAAGGCCUUCUUCCUCUGGAGACGACGCGACAUGUUUCGAUGAUCACAAUCACUUUGUCGAAGAAGGAGCUCGAUACAUCCUCUACAGGGUAUCAGCCUCCUCUCCCGAUUGAACAAGUGAAACCAAUAAUGAACGAAAUCGAAGAUGAUUGCGAAGGAUCACCGAUGAUGCGAGAUAGAGGGCGUGGUAGAGCGAGAGGAAGAGGUCGAGUCAAUUACAACGGUGUAGGAGACCAUAACGACGGUGAUGGUUGGGAUGGUGGGCAUAGCUAUGAAGUACGAGGGCGAGGCCGAGCAAGAGGUGGUCGUUUCUUCGGAGGGCGAGGGCGUGGAAGAGGAAGAGGGAGAGGCUAUGGUGGUGGUCAGCAAGGAGGAGGGUACUAUGACAACUAUGGUGAACCUGAAACAUAUGUGCCCCAAAUUCGUGGACGUGGACGUGGGAGGGGGAGAGGCCGUGAACGUGGUGGUGGUCGCAGUAGCUACACGAGACUCAAUGGUCCGGUCCAAGCAUCAGCAGCCUGAGGUAGACGACACGGUAUAAACCAGUUCGUUCGCGAAUGUAGUAGUUUGGUGGGUGCUCUGCUCUCUCUGCUCUCUCUCUCUACUAUGAACAUCUGCCAUGGGACGUUUUUUUCUUCUGGUGAAGCGAAUGUCUCCCAUUUUACAAUGGUGCUUGCAGUUUUUGCCUUUGUUUUUUUUUUCCUUCUCUUCUUCUUCCUUUUAGAGCAAGGCAGCAGACAGAAGAAAACUUGUACAUCUUCAUUUCUUUUCUUUUAUCAUCUUUGUGGAAAUUUUCCUUAGGAAUAAUAGAUAGAGCAGUUG